UAAAGUGGAGUUAAACUUCAUACUGUCAGGCCCUCUCGGUUUUCCGCCUUGCAGCGAUAUAAAACUUUCAGGGAGAGUUACUACAACGCGAGUUCCGUUCAAGUUGUGAAAGCUGAAGAAAAAUGAGCGGACGAAGGAAGGUACGGUGGUUUGGACCUACGCGGUGUACGACAUGGCGUGGCAGGGCUUAAGAUUGCCGGCCUAUUCUUAGAAGAAGGUCACGGGCAGUUGAAACUGAAAACGCAACAACGCAUCGUGUGGAAAUUAUGAAACGAGCAACCUCGUAAGAUCCUUCGUGCGAGCCUUAUAGUGAAACCAAUGAAAUAGACCCGAUGCCUCAAUCAGGUUGCACUAGAUCAUGGCCUCUAAUAAGACACGCGUGCUGCUUUCGCUGAUUACUGUUUGUUUUGUGUUAAACAUGGGCUACAUCUGGUACUCCACGGUUCUUCCUUUCAACAUACUGUUUAAAAACGAAAGUUUUGGUUCGAUUCUCUAUCUAGGGACAUUUGAAGAAAAUUCCACAAGUUCCUGGUUUCUGACGCGUUCUCUUGGUAUUAAUGGAACCGGUACCUCUGGUGAAACUGUUCUAGCAAACCCACGCUCUGAUUUACCACAUUCCAAGUCGACAGAAUCUAAUAUGUCAAAAUUUGACGAAAUCUUCCAGAAUUUCAGCUUAUCAUUUAAAGACUUGAGACUAGGUCGGCAACUUCCAUCUAAUAAUAACGUGACAUUUCAAAAAAUUAUUUACACGCUGAAAACAACUUCAGCUGUUGCAUUGGCUAGUGUAACAGAUAGCGUUCCCAUCAGGGAGGAACCGGUGCAACAGCCUAAGUACCCCAAUCCACAUCCCUACAAUUUUACCAUCAACGACAGUCAGCUAUGUUCUCAAAACAAAUCCGAGCUACGGACCUUGAUCGUUGUGUGUAGCGCACUGGCAAACUUCGAGGCGCGUACGGCAAUCCGAAGUACAUGGGGAUUGCCGAGUCAUUUGGACCGAUUGAAAUCAAGGUUAGUGUUUCUAUUUGGUGCAACAACCGAUCAACAACUUCAAGACAGAGUAGUGAAUGAAAGUCGUCAUUUCCGCGAUAUUAUUCAAGAGGAUUUUUUGGACACUUACCAAAAUUUGUCCCUUAAGUCGGUGGCCUUGCUGAAAUGGGUCACAGCCAACUGUUUGAGUGCAAAAUUUGUUCUGAAGACAGAUGAUGAUAUGUUCAUUAACACUGAGAUGCUGUACAAGACACUAUCGCAAACGAAACCAGUUCGGUCUAUCAUGGGAACCAUCAUUGUAGGUGCCAGGCCAAUCCAGGACAAAAAGUCUAAGUGGUACACUCCUAAAGAAGACUUUCCCCGAAGGGUAUAUCCAAAAUAUUGCUCUGGGACUGCUUAUGUUGUAUCUACAGAUCUUGUCCCAUCACUGUAUAAUGUAACUCUGUACACCCCAUUGUUUUGGUUAGAGGAUAUAUACAUAACUGGCAUAUGCGCUGGUAAGCUGAAGCCUAGGUACCUCACAGCAAGCGGCUUCUCCCUUGCCGAACGACCCACUACAGGAUGUGCAUAUAAAGACGCAAUAUCAGGUCACAGAGUUUCUGUCAAAAGUAUGUAUAAAAUAUGGGAAGAACUGAAUGAUUUGGAGUCUUUGAAAAAGUGUCCUUCUAGAGAUAGUCGGAAAGUGCUUCGCAAGAGACGAUCUAUGUGAACAAAUGGUUAUCAAUUCUAUUGGUAUUAUUUAUGUUGUUAUAAAUGUGCCAUGAAAGAUCGUAUUGCUAAUUUCGUAACGAAGGUUACGACGGAGCUGCAACAACUAACAGCAGCCAACUUGCCAAAUUUGCGUAAUGCUUAAAUUGCGCAAUCUCUAAUAAUGUCAAAAAGUAUUUAUUUUAUGUAUAUAUUUUAUUGGUGUUUUACGCCGUACAAGAAUAUUUCACUUGUGCUAUAGCGGAGAGCACUAUGGUGGGAAGAAAGCUAUCAGUCUGAGGAAAACCCACGACCAUCGGCAGGUUGCUGGAAGACUUCCCUACGUACGACCGGAGAAAACCAGCGCUAGCUGGACUUGAAGUCACAGAGACGGCACUGAUGAGAGGCUCCUGAGUCAUUGUGCUGCACUGAAAAGAUUUUAUUAUAAACUUAUUUAUAAACAUCAACUGUACGUGAUUUAUUUCCAUAAAUUGAUAGUUUAGAGAUUUUUUCCUUUUAAUAUUCAACAGGUUUCUAUAUUUUUGUGGGAUGCAAAUUAAAUUCAGGGAAUUUCAGUAGCACAUAAACACACAAAUCUGUUAGUACUAUGAAGGAAACAUGUUAUCAAUUCUAAAGAAACUCUGAAUGAAAAGCAAAGAAAGUUUCCCUAAAUGAAUACCUGAAUGUAAGAACUGCACGUUCUUCUUGUUAUUCAUGAAGCUACGUGUCAAUUCUCUCUAAAAACGGCAGUGUAGAAAUUUGCACACCCGCACUGACGUGUUACACAAGUUAACAAUUUGUGUACUGCUCAUAAAUGUAGAUGCGGACCUUUGCCUUCAACACUGGACCACGCGUACAUGUAAAAGCAAUAGGUUUGAGAGAGAGUGGCUGUAUAUCCUACAGUCGUGAAGUGACUGUGUAGUCUGAUAUUUUGUGUAUACAUAUCUGUGAUUCACCAAGUUAUAGGUCUGUGGUUGUAUAUUUUGUGAGAAACUCACAGAAUACAGUGAAGCCUGAUCUCCCUUGUAAAUGUGGUUCAUUAAGUCAUUAUAGGUGUACUAUUAAAUAUAUGGAUCUUCAUAAAUUGUGAGCCAAUGGUGAUAUAUCAUACUGCGGGAGGUGUACUGUACAGUCUGCAUUCUUUCUUGAACCAAACAUAAAUUUAAUGGUUUUAUCGUUUGCAAACAUUUUAUUUUUAAUUAAGACACUCACAUAUAAUAAGUUUAUGCAAACUGUGAACAUUAAAAGUCUAUGAACGAUGCAGAAGAAUCUUGCGGAUUUUCAUAACAUGCCUGCAUUAUGUAACGUUUUGAUGUUGUGUUGCACGGAGUAUUGGCGUGUAAGUACAUUUGCAUUGUUCACAAAUGUUAAUGCUUAUUCUUUGACAGUUUUCAAGUAGGUACGUGUAUAUGAGCUUUUUCAAAUUCUUAUCAGUUAAAGGUUGUGGGUCAGUAAUGCUUUUAGUUCAUGUAACUUAAAUGACAAUGUGGGUCAGUACAACGACAGAACAGUUUUAGUAAAUUGAACGGCGUAAGAAAUUGUACCCUGUAAGAGGAGUUUUAAGUAUUGAUGUGCCUACAUUCCAUAGUAUGAUGACAACAGAUCUAAUAAAGCUUUAUUUUUUAUUUU